AUGACUGCACGAGACUCCGCAAAGUUGCCGGAUGUGUGGGAUGAUAAUUGGGAGGCCCAUGUCGAUUCUGAACCACAUGCACAAGAUGGGACGACGGCACCUUCACUAGCUCCAGCUCCAGUUCCAGCUCCGGCGCCCGAGAAAAAGCUAUCUGCUCGAGCCAUAAAGGCUCAAAAACGGGCCCAACAUGCUGAGUUUAACCGCCAGUUGUGGGCUGAAGCAGAAUCCCCCCAAACCUUCCACUACCUAGAAUCACGAGCCGCCUCCGUCCCGAUGAGAUCUGACUUCAAGCAGCCAGUGACUGUCCUAAGCCGGAAACCCCAACUCGUCAAGCAACUGAACUCGCAAUCACAAUCACCCUCUGGCAUCUCCCCAAUCCCAACCCCUCCCGUUUCGGGUGCUACGGACGCCGCAACGGCAGGUAUCCAACAUCUCUCUGUCUCGGGCACUGCCACUAUCGCGAUGUCUCCGGAAAUUCUAACUAACGACUACGACGAUGGUGACGACGACGAUGAUGGAGAGGAAAGGCCGAAGCUAACACCGGAAGAGCUGCAGGCACAGCGCGAGCGGGAACGCGAGGAGAGACAGCGCAAGUACGAGGAGGUAAGAGAGCGGCUGUUUGGGAGUCCGUCGGCGGCUGGGUCGGGUGCCUCUUCGCCGGGUAACACGAGAACGACGCCACCACCAUCACAGUCGCAGGUUCAUUCCCAUUCUCACCGAUCAGGUCCUGGUAUGAGGAAGAGGGGACAGGAGGCAGAAUUAUGUGGAUAA